UCCUAUCCUCCUCCUGUAUCUCUUCACAGAACCACAAACAAACAAUUCAAAUCCCAGAUUUCUUCUGCUUCUACUCAAGCAUACAAACAUGGUUUUGUCUUGGUCCAGAAGAAGAGUUUUCCGCCGUGCCCGCAAAGGAAAAGACGUUCCCGGUCCAGCCGGCGCCAGUGACUUGGACGUCGAUGUCGAGGUGCUUGUUCCGACGCACUUCCGAUGCCCGAUUACUCUCGACUUGAUGAAAGAUCCGGUCACUUUAUCCACCGGGAUCACCUACGACAGAGACAGCAUCGAGAAGUGGGUCGAAUCUGGAAACCAGACCUGCCCCGUCACAAACCAGUCGUUGAUUAGCUUCGACGUGAUCCCCAACCACGCCAUCCGUAGGAUGAUCCAAGAAUGGUGCGUCGAGCAUCGUUCCUACGGCAUCGAGAGAAUCCCCACCCCGAGAAUUCCAGUCACGCAGUACGAGGUUUCCGAUAUCUGUGGGAAAAUAAUGUCGGCGACGCAACGUGGGGACGACAACAAGUGCCAACAGUUGGUGGCUAAGAUCAAGAUCUGGGGCAGAGAGAGCGAGAGGAACAAGAAGUGUAUAGUUGAAAACGGCGCUGCUGUUGCACUGGCCAACGCCUUCAGUUCUUUCUCAAGCGCUUCGAUUGAGAAAAACGUUGGCCUUUUAGACGAGAUUUUGGGGCUUUUAACAUGGAUUCUUCCAAAGCGACAGGAUGGUUAUUCUCAAAUUCAAGCUCAAUCACUGUUGAGCUCAGAAGCGUCUUUAAGUUGCAUGGUUUGGUUCCUCAACAGCAAAGAUCUCUCAUCAAGGCAAAACGCAGCUUUGGUGCUGAAGCAAGUGCCUGUAGAACCAUUAGCAAAGACUGAAGGUAUGAUUGAAGCUUUAGUUAAGAUGAUCAAAGAACCCGUAGGCCCUUCUGCAACAAAAGCAUGCCUGAAAGCAAUUUUCCAGAUGGUUUCCUCAUCAAAUGAGAAAGAGAGGAUCAUCAAAAGAUGUGUGGAACUAAGUCUGGUCAUGUUGUUGCUGGAAGCCCUAGUGGAUGGAGAUAGAGGGACAAGUGAGAAGGCUUUGGGUACGUUGGAUUGCAUAUGUGAUUACGGUGAAGGGAAGGAAGUGGCCAAGGCUAAUAUGUUAACUUUGCCUAUCGUGGUGAAGAAGAUACUGAGAGUAUCUGGUUUGGCUUCUGAUUUUGGAGUGUCAAUUCUUUGGAAGCUUUGUGAUAAGAUGGAGGAAACUGUGGUGAAGGAGGCACUUCAAGUGGGAGCGUUUCAGAAGGUUCUGGUUUUGUUGCAGGUUGGGUGUGGUGAGAACACGAAGGGGAAGGCCACUGAUUUGUUGAAGUUGCUGAAUGCUUAUAAGAACACAGUGGAGUGUGUUGAUUCGUCUUUGGAUUUGAAGUACCUUAAGAAGCCGUUUUGAUUGAUCCAUUGAUCCUGACUUGUUUUCUGUAUAGAUUCAUCAGAGAAACUUUGUACAAAUUUGCGACACUUGGAUUCAAAGAAUAUACAAGUUAUAUAGUCAAUCGUUCCAUUAAAGUUUUGAAUUUCAAUUUCAGGGAACUUUGGAUUUGAGAGAUUUAUGUUCUGGUGCUACAAUCUUGCUUCUUUUUUAACACGUACGUUUCAUUUUUAAUGAUCAUAAUCACAUUCGUUGUCGUCA